CCAAACAGCACAUUCCAAGCGUGUCCCGGCUUCCAGUCCAAAGCAAAACCCCCAGGAGACAAAACCCAGCAACAGAUUUGCACUCAGAUAAGAGCGACGCUGCGCCUUCUGUCUGUGAAGUCGCCCCACAUCGGCAGCUUGCUCCCUCAGAGCAGAGGUCAGACCCUGAUCCGAGGUGACCUCCCAGCCCCGUACUCCUCGCAUCGAGUAGAAGCCCGAGACAGUCGCGGCCCCCAUCGCAGUCAUGCACGCCCCCCUCCUCCUCUUCUCCUCCCUCCUGAUCGGCGGCUGGGCGUCUCCCUUCCGGCAAAACGGGUUCUUCGGGGACAUGCUGGACGAGGAGGGUUCCGCCUUCAUCGACGUCCCGACGGUCAAGCCCGAUGACGAGGUCCCUCCCCCAGACUACCCCACCUGCCCGUUCGGAUGCCAGUGUCAGAUACGUGUCGUCCAGUGCUCGGACCUCGGACUGAAGGAGAUUCCGGCCGAAAUUCCCAGUGACACGACUUUACUGGAUCUCCAGAACAACAAGAUCACUGAGAUUAAGGAAAAAGAUUUUAAAAACCUCGGCAAACUUUACGCACUGUACCUGGUGAAUAACAAGAUCAAGAAGGUCCACCCGAGAGCGUUUAAGCCGCUGAUCUCCAUCCAGAAACUGUACCUUUCCAAGAACGCCCUGGUGGAGAUCCCCAAGAAUCUGCCUCGGUCCCUGGUUGAGCUCAGGAUUCACGAUAACCACAUCACCAAGGUUCCGAAGGAGGCCUUCCGAGGGCUUAAAAGCAUGAACUGUAUCGAGAUGGGUGGAAACCCACUGGAGAACGCGGGAAUCGAAGCGGGCGCCUUCGAAGGUCUGAAGCUGAAUUACAUCCGCAUUUCAGAGGCAAAACUCUCAGGCAUUCCUAAAGAUCUGCCCAACAGCAUCCACGAGCUCCACUUGGACCACAACAAAAUCCAGGCCAUCGAGCUGGAGGACCUGAUCCGUUACAGCCACCUCUCCAGGCUGGGGCUCGGCUUCAACAACAUCCGGGUGGUUGAGAACGGGAGCCUGGCGUUUCUGCAGAACCUGCGGGAGAUCCACCUGGAGCACAACGAGCUGACCCGCGUCCCGGCUGGACUCAACGACAUGAAGUACCUGCAGGUCGCCUAUCUCCACUCGAACAACAUCAGCCAAGUGGGGGUGAACGAUUUCUGCUCCAUCGGCUUCGGGUUCAAGAAGGCCUCCUACCACGGCAUCAGCCUCUUCGACAACCCCGUCAAUUACUGGGACGUCCAGCCGUCCACCUUCCGCUGCGUCACCGACAGGAUGGCCAUCCAGUUCGGCAACUACCGCAAAUAGCCCGCCCGGCGCUCUCCCCGCUCCAUCUCCGGGCAGGGGCCGUGUGUCCAGCCCUUGUACAGUGCCUAACUCCCCUCCCUCCUCCUCAUCUGCCUUUCUCCCUCACCCUUAACCUGCUUCUCUUUCCUUCCUCCCUCGUCCUCCAAUGGGUCUCCGCCUCCAACUUUUCCAGCCUUCUCUCACCUCUCCCCACUCACUCUCCUUCCCCUCCAAUUAUUGCUGACCCUCCCUCACAACCUAUCCCUCCCUGCCCCUCUAAUUAUUUCUGACCCUCCCUCCAACCUUCUAUCCUUCACCAAUGCUUUCUGACCCUCCCUCCUAACCUAUCCUUCCCCUCCAAUUCUUUCUGACCUCCCUCCCCCUCACCCUACCUCCUAACCUUCUAUCCCCCCCCCCCGCCAACCCUUUCUGGUCCUCUCUCUAACCCCUCCCACUCUCCCUCUACCCCUCCCUUUUUCCUCAACUUGGCAAUCUACCGACCUUCCUUCACCGUUGCCUGGCUUAAACCCCCAAAUCUCUGCCCUCCCCAGUCAGCACUCUUUAAUUCCCCACCCAGUUUAAUUCCCUCCCCACUCCACUCCCAUCCAUUUGUCUGGUUUCCCGUGAGGGAGAGAGAGACGGGAAGAGAGGAGGAUGGGGGUGCGGGGUAGGGAGGGGGAAUGGAGAAAGAGUGGAGGAGGAGAGGGAGAGAGGAAGAGGCAGGAGAGGAGGGGGACAGGGGUGGGAGGGGAGGGGAGGGGAGGGGAACGGGGAGGAAGAGGAGAAAAGGGGGCAGGGGAUAGAGGUGGACAGAAGGGAGAGACGGGGGACAGGGAGGGGGGAGAGAGAGCAGAGGGAAAGGGAAAGGUGCUCUAUACCUCUCCUCCCUCUUAUCCCCUCUGCACCCUUACCAUUUACCCCCUCCUCCUCUCUCCACGCCUCUUCCCCCACCCCCACUCUCCCCCCGCCACCGGGUAGUGAGUGUUGGGGGGCUAAACCCGCCGACCGCGGGCGAUCGCUGCUGGUAAGUCGCACCCGUGCAGACCCUCCAAGGCCGGUGGCGGACGGAGCACCGAGCGGACCCGGGAGCGCAACCCCAGCGGCGGGCGAGGCUCGCGGUGCGCCGACUGGCCAGCCCCUCCGAGAGAGAGAGAGAGAGAGAGGAACCCGCAGCCCCGGCCUCUCCACAACACCAUCCCGAAAGCUGUCGCAGACCCAACACCACCUUACUUCCCCCAAACCCAUGGUAUAAUCUGUAUCGUUGUGUAUGGUGCAUUUAUCACUGAUCUACAAAUGUGGUAUAUCAAAUCCUGAGUAAUGUAAAAGAAAGUCUAAUUAAAGGCAGUGCCAAGUAUUCCAGUCA